AUGAGUGUGGUGAAAGCCGUGGACUCCGUCGCAGGCGACACUCAGAAGUUUGUGGCCAUCGAGGCGCCUCUUCAGGAGCUCUCCAAGGAGCUGUGGCGUUUCGAGGACUUCCUGGACUAUGCCCAGGAAUGCUUGGCGAUUCACCCCCCGCUCCAGAAACAUGUGGAUCGCCUGGUGCCGCGGAAGAUGCUGGAGCCCGAGUUCUGGCGCCUCUUCUUCUGCCACCUCUACAUGGGCCUCAAAGGUGUGAAAGCUCCCCCAGCAGAGGUCUUGACGAAAGAGCUUCUGGCAGAAGCCUCUGACGCAACGUCCAACGCCAUCAUCGUUGCGUUCAAGGAAGAUUCGGCCACCUUCGGAAUCCUUUCGCAAAAUGAGACGGAGGCUGUCCUGCUGCGGGACGCAGAGGACGCAGACAAGCUGGCUGCAGGCAUCGCCAAGGCCGUGUCCAAGGGUGUACUGGAAGAAGCUCCGUCCGUGGAGCCAACGCGAAAGAUCGACGUUCUCGGGAAGAGCGCAGAUGCAGUAGCAGAAGAAAUCAUUGGAGCCCUAGGCAGCGCGGCGAAGUCUGGCUGCAUUCUUGUUCUUACUGGCCUCAGCGGGACGGGCAAAGGAACAACCGUCUCCAAAUUGCAGGCAGCGUUGCCCAACGCGGCAAGCUGGUCCAACGGAAAUAUUUUCCGGGCACUGACACUGCUGGCAGUGACCCAUUGCGAGAAGUCUGGUGUGGCUUUCAGCGUGGACGUGCUGACGCCGGAGUUGCUGCAAACGUUGAUGUCAUACCUAGAGUUCGGCAAGUUCAACGGCUGCUUUGACACCAAGAUUGCAGGCUAUGGCUAUGAGUAUUUGGUGUCCGAGGUGGCCAACACUGUGCUGAAAGAGCCCAAAGUCAGCAAGAACAUCCCCACGGUAGCUGAGAUGACGCAGGGGGAGGUGGUUCAGUUUGCCGCCAAGGCAGCUGAGCAGAUGCGAGCGGACGGUAUGAAUGUUCUGAUGGAGGGCCGCUCUCAGACGCUGGACUACAUCCGAACCCCAUACCGCUUCGAACUCACUCUGUUCGAGCCCAUCGUCAUCGGCAUGCGCCGCGCUGCGCAGCGCAUGAUGGGUUUGGCGCUGGAGGACUCCAAGAAGAGCCCAUCGGCCUACGCGACACCGGCCGAGGUGGAGACAGCUUUGCGCACAGCCCUUGCCCGCAUCCUGGCCUCCGCCGUUGCGCAGGACACCUUCGGCAUGGCGGCCCCUCUCACGAGCGAGCUGUUGGAGCAAGGGGAUGACUUGUCCACCAACUCGAUCAUUGCGACCUUCCUGGCAGAUCCCGAUUUUGUGGCGCUCUCCUUCAAUGAGACGGAGGCUGUCCUGCAGCGGGACGCAGAGGACGCAAACAAGCUGGCUGCAGGCAUCGCCAAGGCCGUGUCCAAGGGUGUACUGGAAGAAGUUCCGUCCGUGGAGCCAACGCGAAAGAUCGACGUUCUCGGGAAGAGCGCAGAUGCAGUAGCAGAAGAAAUCAUUGGAGCCCUAGGCAGCGCGGCGAAGUCUGGCUGCAUUCUUGUUCUUACUGGCCUCAGCGGGACGGGCAAAGGAACAACCGUCUCCAAAUUGCAGGCAGCGUUGCCCAACGCGGCAAGCUGGUCCAACGGAAAUAUUUUCCGGGCACUGACACUGCUGGCAGUGACCCAUUGCGAGAAGUCUGGUGUGGCUUUCAGCGUGGACGUGCUGACGCCGGAGUUGCUGCAAUCGUUGAUGUCAUACCUAGAGUUCGGCAAGUUCAACGGCUGCUUCGACACCAAGAUUGCAGGCUAUGGCUAUGAGUGUUUGGUGUCCGAGGUGGCCAACACUGUGCUGAAAGAGCCCAAAGUCAGCAAGAACAUCCCCACGGUAGCUGAGAUGACGCAGGGGGAGGUGGCUCAGUUUGCCGCCAAGGCAGCUGAGCAGAUGCGAGCGGACGGUAUGAAUGUUCUGAUGGAGGGCCGCUCUCAGACGCUGGACUACAUCCGAACCCCGCACCGCUUCGAACUCACUUUGCCCGAGCCCAUCAUUAUUGGCAUGCGCCGCGCAGCCCAGCGGAUGAUGGGCGCCGCGCUGGAGGACCUGCGCCGCGGAAGCGCCGGCGGGACGCCCGGUGCGCUGCGAGGGGCCCUGGGCCGGAUGCUGCACCCAGGCGCACAGCAGUUGCCUCACACGGAUCGUGUUGCCACGCGGUCGCCUGCCCUUUUCAACGCUCACAGGGAGGAUACCGCGCAAUACGGAGCCGUGAGCUGUCCUCAUGCCACUCGCGACAAGAGGGGCAUCGAUCCAUCAGCUUUCGGGGCUAGCCCCGACGGUUUCGGACAGCCGGUGCUCUCGUGUGACCAGGCGGAGUGGCGAGCGGCGGCCUGGGGCUUGGAGAAGGGUUGGCACGAGCGCGGCUGCACCAAGCGCGCCUGGUGCGUUUCGCGUCGGUGGCGAGAGAUGCUGAGGAAUUCCCGGGUGCCGCUGGGCGAUGGCCAGAAGCACCAGGACGUUCCCUUGAAGCUCCUCCCAAAGGACAAGGCGGAGCUCCUUCCUGACCAGGUCAUCCGUCAGGAUGCGGAGGACACCGAGAAACUGGCCGCCGGCAUCGCCAUCGCCGUCUCCAAGGGCGCUUUGGAGGAGGAGCCGGCCGCAGAGCCGGCGCGCAAGGUGGACGUUCUUGGGAAGAGUGCGGAUGAGGUGGCGAAAGAGAUCAUUGGGGAGCUGGGGAGUGCUCCGAAGUCUGGAUGCAUAGUUGUACUGACCGGGCUCAGCGGCACUGGCAAAACGACCACAGUUUGCAAACUGCAGGCUGCAUUGCCCAAUGCGGCGAGCUGGUCAAACGGCCAUGUGUUUCGAGCUCUGACCUUGCUGGCCGCGACCCAUUGUGAGAAGUUUGGGUUGGAGUUGUGCGAAGAGACGCUGAGCGCAGACUUACUGGAGCAGCUGAUGGCGUGCUUGGAAUUCGGAAAGUUUGAUGGCCGCUUUGACACCAAGAUUGCAGGUUAUGGGUAUGACUGCUGUGUCUCGCAAGUUGCCGACACUUUGCUGAAGGAGCCUACGGUGAGCAAGAAUGUUCCCACAGUUGCUGAGAUGACUCAGGGGGAGGUAGUGAAAUUUGCGGCGCAGGCUGCUGAACAGAUGCAAGCAGAUGGCAUGAAUGUUCUCAUGGAGGGCCGGUCACAGACGCUGAACUAUAUCCGAACCCCGCACCGCUUUGAGCUGACCCUGCCCGAGCCGGUCGUCAUCAGCAUGCGCCGUGCUGCGCGGCACUUGACGGGCGCUUGUGACGCUUCCGACACCGACGUGAGCGCAAAAGCCGAAGUCGAGAGGUCACUCCGGGUGACCCUUGCAACGUUUUUGGCCUCGCCCGUUGCGAAGGAUGCAUUCGGAGAAGCUGCCCCUCUUACCUGGGAGUUGUUGGAGCAAGGGGAUGACUUGUGCACCAACUCGAUCGUCGCAGCUUUCCUGUCGGAUCCCGGUUUCAUAUCCUUGUCCUACAACGAGAUGGCAUUAGUGCUUCGGCGGGACAAGGAGGAUGCAGAGAAGCUGGAAGCAGGCAUUGCCAAGGCCAUAACCCGUGGAGUAUUGCAAGAACUGCCAGAUGUGGAGCCGACUCUGAAGAUUGACAUCCUCGGAAAGAGUGCGGCGGUAGUGGCCGAAGAGAUCAUUGGAGCCCUGGGCAGUGCUGCGAAGUCUGGCUGCAUCAUUGUCCUGACUGGCCUGAGCGGCACUGGCAAGGGAACGACGGCCGCCAAACUGCAGGCUGCAUUGCCUAAUGCGGCGAGCUGGUCAAACGGCAAUGUGUUUCGGGCUCUGACCUUGCUGGCCGCGACCCAUUGUGAGAAGUUUGGGUUGGAGUUGUGCGAAGAGACGCUGAGCGUGGAGUUACUGGAGCAGCUGAUGGCGUGCUUGGAAUUCGGAAAGUUUGACGGCCACUUUGACACCAAGAUUGCAGGUUAUGGGUAUGACUGCUUUGUCUCUCAGGUUGCCAACACAGUGCUGAAGGAGCCUACGGUGAGCAAGAAUGUUCCCACAGUUGCUGAGAUGACUCAGGGGGAGGUAGUGAAAUUUGCGGCGCAGGCUGCUGAACAGAUGCAAGCAGAUGGCAUGAAUGUUCUCAUGGAGGGCCGGUCACAGACGCUGAACUAUAUCCGAACCCCGCACCGCUUUGAGCUGACCUUGUCGGAGCCCCUUAUCAUUGGCAUGCGUCGCGCUGCGCAGCGGAUGAUGGGCACAGCCCUGGAGCUGCGUGAGGCGGAUGCUCUGCAGGCCUUGCGCUUGGCCUUGGCCCGUUUGCAAGGCGCAGGCGGGGUUUGGCGCAAAGCGUCCAUUGGCUGA